GUCAUCAGCAGGGCUUACGGAGGUUGGAGUGUCAGGAACAGGCUGGGCUCUGGGCACGGAGGGGUUAACCACAAAGCCAAUCUGAGAGAGCGAGAUCAAUGGGUUACUCCCAGGAAAGAGAGAGAACGAGGCAGCAGCAACGCAGAAAGGCAGAGAAGAGCCAGGCAGAAGAGCAUGCCACCCGGGGAAUCAGGAGUGAGCAGGGUGCCCGGUGGCUACUCUGGAGGGAGUGCCCAAGCCCAACUCAGCAGAGGGGGCAGAGGAGAGGAGGGGCCUUGAAGGCGAAGAGGGAGAAGUAGGAGGCAGACCUGUACCUGCGGGGAGGCACAGCCGCUGAGCCAGGAGGCAGCCCUAGCUUGGCUGUUCCCACCCAGGAGGGCCCCGUGCCCGGGGCUGAGGUGUCCAUCUGAUGGGGAGAUGGCUAACACCCAGAACGUUUCACUGGAGAGCCCGGGAAGCGUGGGGGCCGUGGCAGUGCCUGUGGUCUUUGCCCUCAUCUUCCUGCUGGGCACAGUGGGCAAUGGACUGGUGCUGGCGGUGCUGCUGCAGCCAGGCCCAAGUGCCUGGCAGGAGCCAGGCAGCACCACGGAUCUGUUCAUCCUCAACCUGGCGGUGGCUGACCUCUGCUUCAUCCUGUGCUGCGUGCCCUUCCAGGCCGCCAUCUACACGCUGGAGGCCUGGCUCUUUGGGGCCCUGGUCUGCAAGGCCGUGCACCUGCUCAUCUACCUCACCAUGUAUGCCAGCAGCUUCACCCUAGCUGCCGUCUCAGUGGACAGGUACCUGGCCGUGCGGCACCCGCUGCGCUCGCGGGCCCUGCGCACACCGCGCAACGCGCGCGCCGCCGUGGGCCUGGUGUGGCUGCUGGCGGCGCUCUUCUCGGCGCCCUACCUCAGCUACUACGGCACGGUGCGCUACGGCGCGCUCGAGCUCUGCGUGCCCGCCUGGGAGGACGCGCGCCGCCGCGCCCUGGACGUGGCCACCUUCGCCGCGGGCUACCUGCUGCCGGUGGCCGUGGUGAGCCUGGCCUACGGGCGCACGCUGCGCUUCCUGUGGGCCGCCGUGGGCCCCGCUGGCGCGGCGGCGGCGGAGGCGCGGCGGCGGGCCACGGGCCGCGCGGGGCGCGCCAUGCUGGCGGUGGCCGCGCUCUACGCGCUCUGCUGGGGCCCGCACCACGCGCUCAUCCUCUGCUUCUGGUACGGCCGCUUCGCCUUCAGCCCCGCCACCUACGCCUGCCGCCUGGCCUCGCACUGCCUCGCCUACGCCAACUCCUGCCUCAACCCGCUCGUCUACGCGCUCGCCUCGCGCCACUUCCGCGCGCGCUUCCGCCGCCUGUGGCCCUGCGGCCGCCGCCGCCGCCACCGCGCAGGCUGCCCCGCGAGCGCCCGCCGCGCCCUCCGUCGCGUUGGCCCGGCGUCUUCGGGCCCCGCGGGCUGCCCUGGGCACGCCGGGCCUCGCGGGAGGCUGCCGGCCGGCGGCGGCUGGGGCAGGGAGCCCGCCCACCUUGGAGAGGCCGGGCGAGCCCUGUGCGCCCGAGGACCCGAAUAA